AUGGACUCGUCGCACCGCAAAAUCGAACUCCAAUCCCCCUCAGACCUCAUCUACCUCACAUCGCAAAUCCGGACCGCCGCCCGCCAAAAACUCGACCUGCACCUCCCUCCCGUACCCUCUGCCCCUGCCGAACCCGACGACCUCCGCCGCAGCGUCGAAGACCUCGUCGACGCGUUCGUAGCACAGGUACUACGCGGCAUGCGACAAAACAUUAGCAUAAACGGGAUUGACAUCAUCGGCGACGCUGACGCUGACGCUGAUGCCAUGGAUGUACAAGGCAGAGAGGCGGAGACGGCGGUGGAAAGAGAAGAGUUUGAGGCGUUUGAUGAGAAACUGAGGACUAGGCUGGGAGAUGCGGUUGCGAGGCGCGAUGCGCUUGUUGCCAAGAUUAGUCAGCAUAGGAGGGUUACGCCGGGGGUUGCGGCCAAGGCUUUUGAAGAGAGGUUUGAGAGGGAGGAGGGGGAGGGGCGGGAGAUGUGGGGGGUGCUUGAGGAGAGGGUUGGGAAGGUUGGGCAAGGUGAUGUGGCGGGUGUGGAGAAGGGGGUGAGACAGGAGGAGGUGCAGAGGAAUUGGGAGAGGGCGGUUGAGGGGUUGCAGGCUUUGAAUAAGGGGUUGCCUGAGACGAGGGCGCGGUUGGAGAGGGCGGGGGAUGUGGUGGGGUAUUUGGGGGGGAAGUGA